CCAGACACUGGCGCGUCUUCUCGGGAUGAGAGGAAGGCUAACGAGAAGGCUAAAAUACUGCAACGGGAAAUCCAGCGGAAGACUUUCAAACUGGUCAGAGAGGAGAGACAUUGGAGAUUUGUUUAGUCCACUGUUUACAAGCUAGCUAGAUGUUAUGCUAGCCGGCUAGCAAGCAACACCGGUGGCUUGCAAAAUAACAACACUUCUUGCAAUGCAUUGUAACGUUUAACAAUGUUGAGAACUUUGGAUAAAACUGGGACAGUGUUCGUACCGAGUGACAUUGUCAAGAGUAGAUAUUGCCCAUUUAAUGUAUUCAAAAGUAGCUAAGAUCCUGAAGAAGCAGGAGAGUGAGCGGACACAGGAGGAGUCUGCGGAUCUACUUCUGCACCAGGACACGGUACAGGAACUGUGCUCGCGGCAGGUCCGCAGGAACGUUCUAAAGAGGAAGCAAGAAGAGGUAUCUGAUGAAACAGAGGACCUGAGGUGUAAAGUGGGACAGUUGGCUGAGGCAGUCAGACAGGCUCAACACCUGGUGAUCUACACUGGGGCCGGGAUCAGCACGGCAGCGUCCAUCCCAGACUACAGGGGACCAAAUGGGGUUUGGACACAGCUACAGAAGGGCAGAGCUGUCAGCUCGUCAGACCUGAGUGAAGCAGAACCUACUCUUACACACAUGUGUAUCAGGACGCUGCAUGAGGAGAACAUGGUGCAGCAUGUAGUGUCUCAGAACUGUGAUGGGCUCCACCUGCGUAGCGGCCUUUCCAGACACACCCUCUCUGAGCUGCACGGCAACAUGUUCAUCGAGGUGUGUACUUCCUGUUCCCCGGUGAGGGAGUUUGUGCGACUCUUUGACGUGACAGAGCGCACGGCGAGGCACAGGCACGGGACGGGGCGGCGGUGUGCCCACUGCGGGGGAGAGCUCAGGGACACCAUCGUACAUUUCGGGGAGAGGGGCACCCUGGAGCAGCCUCUCAACUGGAGGGGGGCAUCGGAGGCUGCUGAGAGGGCUGAUGUUAUCCUCUGUCUGGGCUCCAGUCUGAAGGUGCUGAAGAAGUAUGCCUGUCUAUGGAGCAUGAAUAGACCUGCUAACAGGAGACCCAAACUCUAUAUCGUCAAUCUACAGUGGACACCUAAAGACGACCUGGCCACACUGAAGAUCCAUGGGAAAUGUGACGACGUGAUGCGUCUCCUUAUGGAGGACCUGAACCUAAAGAUCCCUGCCUACAACAAGACAGAGGACCCUAUACUCAGCUUGGCCACACCGCUGAGGCCAGACGAGGAGGACAGUUACACUCGUAAACUCAUAGCUCCACCCGCUGGUGGGAAGGACUGCUCACCAGACUGCCUGGGACAGGGUGGAGGGAGGGCAGUGCAAGGAGGCUGGUUCGGACGAGGAUACUCCAAAGGAAGGAAGAGGAAGAAGAAGGUGGCGUAGGAGAACGUUAAUCAUGGAGAAUCGUGUGUGUAUCUAGUAUCUCUUUUUUUGUUCUGAUUGGGGUUGUUUUUUAAAUGGACCUUCAUAAUAAGGAAGAUGCACCAGCAGAAAGAAGUGAGGGGGAAAAACCCUCACUAAGACAGAGCUAUUUGUGAUGCAGAAUAUUAUAAAGUAUUAUUAUGUUUUCAGAUACUACUCAUUUAAGCCAGAGGUAGCCUCCUAAUAGUCUAUCAUUUCUGGUCACCACUAGUAACCUCAGCCACAAAGUCAUAAACUCCGCCCAUUUCUACAAUUUUAAAAUGUGAUUUUAACCCUAACCACACUUCUAACC